AAAACCGAACGAGAGCGCGCGGAGAAUCGGGAAUCAUAAGCUCACGUCAGUUCGCGUCGAACAUUGUGGGUGGGAAGUUCGUUGAUGAAUUUUAAUUGGACUUGUUGCGUUUAAAAUUCCUUUUAUGUUGAUCUGAAGUGUUGUGUUUCACGAUCGAACGAUUCGCGUGACGGACAGAACAUAUUUGUGACAUUGUGAACAGUGUGUUCAUCCGAUUAAACGAAUAUUGCUCGAUGUGGAAAGAACAAAAACAAACAACGGACAACGAAUGAUCACGACUAGUGCUAAUCAACUACGCUAAAUCUGUAACAGCAGGUAUCAAGCGUACACGAGGAUCUGAUAAAAUGAUCGGCCCAUGUUGGAUCAUCCUUUCGAUCAUCCUCGUCACGUGCAACGCUUUCGAUAUUCUUCGGUGCUCAUCAGAAUCGAGAUGUACUUGCCACAAUGGAUAUGAAGGUGAUAUUCAACUAUACUGUCCAACAGAGAACCAGUCAGCCUUCAUCGUGAAUGUAAAACCAAAGGAUUAUAUUCGGAUCGAUUGUGAGAAAACACCGCAAUGGACCGAAUUCCGCUCCUUCAACUUCAUCCCGAAAAUCGAAAUGAAGUCCGUCUACAUCCGCAUGUGCAAUCUGCCAACAAACUCGAGCCUCGGUGAAAUCGUCAGCAUGUUCGGCACAAAAAACGUCGACAGAUUACUGUUUCAAUCGUACGGCAACAUGAGCAGCAACCUGAACAGGCAGCAUCUGAAGGAUUUUCCGAAAUUGAAAUGGUUGAUCUUAUCCAGCAAUGGCUUAACGAAUCUCAGCAGUGACCUGUUCGCGGACGUUCCUCAUAUAACCUGGCUCGAUUUGCGGGAGAACAACGUGCGUUUGUAUCCAGGAAUUUUCAACAACACUCCGGAACUCCAGGUGUUGGAACUAGGCAACAAUAUGAUGAGCCAAAUCGAACCGAACGUAUUCGACCCACUGACCAAGUUGGAGUUGCUGAAUUUGUGGUUGAACAAGUUCACCGAACUUAAACCUGGCAUAUUCGACAAACUGGUGUCUUUGACUUCUCUGGAUUUGAACUCUAAUUAUCUGACCACCCUGCCCGAAAACAUUUUCGCGAAAUUGUACAAUCUGAAAACACUUAGUUUGUACAGCAACAACUUCACCUCCUUCCCGGAGGGUCUGUUCAGAUACAAUGUGAAAUUGAAGAAUAUUAAUUUAUCCAACAAUAAAGUGAACAUGACACUGCCGAGAAGGUUCUUCGCCAAUUUGACGCAACUCGAGGUGCUGAAAUUGAGACGCGAUGGGUUGAUGACCUUGCCUGAAGACAUAUUCCGGAACUGUUCGUCCUUGAAGAAUCUUACCGUGGACAGCAAUUAUUUGGUAUCGCUACCUAAACGCAUAUUCGAGGGACUGCAUGAACUGUUGGAGCUGGAUCUCAGUUUUAACAGACUGAUUUCGUUGCCCGAUGGAAUUUUUUUGGAUGCGACCAAGAUGGUAUACUUGAACUUGCAGGGAAACCGGUUCACUUCGAUUUCGAGGGGCCUCUUCAGCAACUUAAAAUCGCUGACAUUCUUAAAUAUGGAGGGAAAUCAGUUACAAACCAUUCAAGAUAGGAGUUUUAGUUCAAUGACAAAUUUACGGAUUGCGAAGUUUUCUAACAAUCAGCUCACGUUCUCCUCACCUUUUGAAGACGAAUUUGGAAAGAAAUCACCAUUUUAUGAUUGCACAUCUAUUGAAGAAUUGCAUCUGUCUCAUAACAAUAUUACGGAGAUAUUUGGGGAUUGGAUUAUAAACGCUUUACAGCUACGUCUAUUGAAUCUCAGUUAUAACAAGAUACCUUAUAUAACGACCGAAGAUCUACAAUUUUUGUCCAACAAUAUUGAAGUGGAUCUAAGGCACAACAAAAUUAAGCACGUCUCUCUACGCGGAGCUGAAGCAGUAGCGAAAUAUCAAGAAGUUCCACGUAAUGUGAUAAUAUAUGUCGACGACAAUCCUGUAAUGUGCGACUGCGAUUUGUACGACUUCCUUCGUUACCUAAACGGAGAUAUGCAUCCUUUCGUUCAGAAUUACUUUCACAUAAUACCAGGCAAUUUGACCUGUCACGGUCCUGCAGUGCAGACCUGCAUGGUCGUGGAUAAAUUGCAGUCGAAAUCUUUCGUGUGUCCGACAUUGAAACCAUGUCCCUCUGGAUGUUCCUGUUGGAUCAGACGAAAUGAUAACGCAUUGCUUGUCGAUUGUUCUUACAAAAAUUUAACGCAAAUACCGCAACACAUUCAGACCAUUUUUGAUUACCGGCUUGAAUUGAAUUUUGUGGGAAAUAACUUGACAAAAAUGCCAUCUUUAGCCGAGAUUGGUCUGAACAACGUGUCGACACCUACGUUACUUUUGGCCAACAACAGUCUUAAGGAGAUAUCCUUGGACGAGUUACCAUCAAAUAUUGAGAUACUAGAACUACAUAACAAUAAGUUCACCAGGCUCAGAUCCGAUGUUUUGCAAUUCUUAAAGAAUUCCACAACGCUGAAGGAGCUUACACUACAUGGAAACCCAUGGGCAUGCGAUUGCGAAACAAAAGAUUUCCUAAACUUUAUUCAAACGAGAGCCGGAAGAAUUAUUCAGCAUCCGUCACUGAUCCAAUGCGAAGGUAGCAAAUCUCCAAUGCUGAAGAUGACGGUAACGGAUUUGUGUCCAACGGAUACCGCAAUGAUCGUAGGAGCAAGUUUGUCCAUAGCUAUCGUUGGAUUAAUUAUUGGUACUUUGAUAGCACUAUACUAUCGCUACCAACAGGAAAUUAAAGUGUGGUUAUACGCUCAUGAGUUAUGUUUGUGGUGGGUCACUGAAGAUGAAUUGGACAAAAACAAGCUGUACGACGCGUUCAUUAGUUAUUCUCACAAAGAUGAAGAAUUUGUUAUGAACGAAUUAGUGAAGAAACUAGAAAGUGGUCCCAGGCCAUUUAAACUGUGUUUGCAUCUUCGUGAUUGGCUAGCUGGUGAAUACAUAACAACGCAGAUCAUAAGAUCCGUUGAAAACUCGAGACGAACGGUAGUGGUUCUGUCACCAAAUUUCAUAAACAGCGUUUGGGGGCGAAUGGAAUUUAAAACAGCACAUCGUCAGGCCCUCAGCGAGGGCAGAGCAAGAGUAAUUUUGAUUUUAUAUGGCGAAAUAGGUCCUACCGAUAAUUUAGACCCAGAUCUCAAGACGUACUUGAACAUAAACACGUACGUGAAAUGGGGAGACCCUUGGUUCUGGGACAAAUUACGAUAUGCUUUACCUCAUCCACCGGAAUUAACCAAAAAUACGAUGAGAAGAAAGAUCUUCGAGAAACAUCAACCUUGUAUUCAAAUUAAUAGCGAAAAGAAAGAACUCAUUUAUCCUGUUGGUGCUUCAGAACUAUCACCCGCGUCUACUACUCCACCAGCAGAUACUCUCAAAGUAUUUUUAUGUAAUGAAACAAAGGAAGAGAAAGAAGAGGAUUCCGAUAAAGUAUCUACGCCAGAUAGUAACGCUAAACUCAUACUCACAUCUGAUGAAUUAAUAAAACAUAAUUUGAAUAAGAUUCAGUGUACUACUGUAUGAUCGUAGACUGUAUGUAAAUAUGGACAUGAAAUAUUUUUUAAGAUUGAACAUAUCGGAAUGAAAAAUCUCGUAAUUAAAUGCUUUUAUUGUGUGACUUCUGAAUCGCAAAUAUUCGUGAUGAACUAAUUGCAGAAAAAUAAGUAAUUACAAUCUCGAAUUAUACUAUUGCACGAAAUAUGGUACAAUCAGAAUGCAGUAAUUUUACUUGCGAAAAUGAACUAAAAUAUUAGUAACCGUUUUUCGUGUAUAGGUUAGGCAUAAUUGUGUGGUGAAAUCAUGUUUCAAAGUUUCAGAUUUUCAAGUUUAUAAAUUUUCAAAUUUCAAAAUUUUUAAAUUAUCCAAUUUAUAAAUUCUCAAACAUCUAGAUUAUCAAAUUUUCAAACUCAUAAAUCCAAAACUAGUCAAAAACCCAAAUUCUCAAUUGUACCACAUGUCUUACCAUACCUAUAUAAUUAUACAUAAUGCAAUGCGUGGAAUUUAUUAUUACAUUUAUUUUAUGUCAAAUGACUGGUACAGAUUUAAUCAGACUUUAAAUAUGUCAGUUAACAUAUCUGUUAUGCAUAGAGACAAAUCACACAUGAGGACUGAAUACAUUUAAGUUUUAAAGAAAUGAUAGAUUCCUGUAAAUAAGUACUUUUUGUAAUUUUGUAUGGUUCUAAAUAGGGAGUACGUUGCGGUUGCUGUUGAAAUAAUCAUAAUAGAAAUAGAAUUCAUAUUACAUUAAACAUAUAUAGAAUUAUUUUUAUAAUUUAAAGUUAGUUUUCAUCUAAAAAAGCAUACUUGAUGUAUGUAUAUUGUGCACCCUUGUUUAUCAUUUAUAUGUAUAUUAAAUUAUUAUCGUUUAUAUAUUCCAUUAGUUCUUUGUACAGGGAACUAGGAAAUUAUGUUUCAUAAAAAUUAGAAAUGAAUAAUUAUAGAUAACUAUUGAAAUCGUACAAUAUCGAGUAUGAUAUUAAUUAAAUAAGAUAUCAUACGAUUUCAAUAUACAUUGUACAUAUACAUAAUACAUUUUUACAUCUUCAUACUGUAAUUCAAUUUACAUUACCAUUUAAUUUUAAUUUUCUCUAUAAACUUACAAAUAUAUACUGUACAUAGAUAUAUUAUGUUACUACACCAAUCAUAUGUUUGUAGCUCAAUUUUAUGAGCAUGGAUGAUUCUUUUGUUACGUAAUCUUAUAUAAAUUGAAAGUAAAUUAUUCCUAUGUAAUCAAAUAAUACAAACCGACAAAAUACCGACUGCGACAAUAAAUAAAGAAUCUCUAUAUAAAACAUGAAUUAAUGUUAAAACUAUUGUUAUUAAAUUAAUAAUCCCAAUCAAAGUCACUUAAUAUCAUUCUAUGACAUAGUAGAUAUAUGUAUAAUAGUAUAUUUUAUCUAUAUCCAAAAAAUUAUGAAAACUGUAGAGUCGUUUUCAUCAGUUUCAAACAAUUCAGUACCUACUUUAGAACUCAUUUAAAAGGUGCAAUAUGUAUCAGACAAAAAACUAAUACCUCAUAUACCUCAUUUCAAUAAUUUAGCACAGCUUGUACAGACUUUGAAAUACUAUUGACUGAAUUUUUUAAUUUAUUUAUUAAGAAAAUAUGCGACUUUUCUUGUACGCUUAAUCCGACAUUCUUAUACGUGUAAAGUAAAUAAUAAAAUAAUAACAUGUAAAAAUAAAAAGCUGAGUGGA